AUGACAUCUGGUACUCCUCUCAUCCAGCCAACCAGUUAUGUCAUCAUAGAAGGCUGGCAGCUUGGUCAAGCAUUAUUUACCUUUGAAUGGGAACAUGUAGGGCUGUGUUCAAAACCCAGCACCAGAAUCUGUGGUGUGUUCAACCUGUGGGAUGUCACGGCCCCGGCUCAGACCCAGACCCAGGUCCAAACUCAGACCCAGACCCAGGCCCAGGCCCAGGCCCAGAGCAAGACCCAGGUCCAAACUCAGACAGACCUAGAGACCCGGGCCCAGACCCGGGCCCAGACCCAGGCCCAGGCCCAGGCCCAGCGCAUGACGGACAAAUGCUUUCGGAAGUGCAUCGGGAAGCCCGGCGGGGCGCUGGACAACUCGGAGCAGAAGUGCAUCGCCAUGUGCAUGGAUCGGUACAUGGACUCCUGGAACACGGUUUCCCGAGCCUACAACUCCCGGCUGCAGCGGGAGAGAGCCAACAUGUGA